CUUUACCGAGCCGUGGAGCUUGGUGCGGUGGAUUCCGGAAGAAGCACUAUAUAAGUGAAUGAACCAGCAUGCGUUGGUCCGCCGCCGCAGCAGCAGAAGCCAACUACCAACGGAGGAGCCUCUCGGCUAUCAUUAUCGGUGGCCAUCCUCCUCCAUCACCAGCCACCGCAGCUAUAGUUUGACCCAAAACAGUAAUAAAUACUAGUACUAUUAACGUUCUAUUUCUAAGUUCUAACCACUCUUGGUCUAAAGAUUGAUGCUGCUAUGGCCACUGAAAAGCACCACCUCAUGAUUUUGUUUCUUGUUGCCGACAAACACAUUCCCCUCAUACAAGUUUGAAACAAGGAAAAAAAGAAAAGAUUUCCCUGGCAACAAGAAUUCUUCAAAGAAACCACUAGAAGAUGGGGGAGAGUUCAGGGUAUAAAGAAUAUGUGGCAGGUAUGUGGGCAGGCGUUGCAACUGUCAUUGUUGGUCAUCCUUUUGACACUGUCAAGGUCAAGCUCCAAAAGCACAAUACAGCAGCUAACGGGAUAAAGUACAAGAAUGGCCUGCAUUGUACUGCUAGAAUACUGAAGACUGAAGGAGUUCAAGGUCUCUAUCGAGGUGCAACGUCUUCUUUUCUGGGAAUGGCUUUUGAAAGUUCACUUGCUUUUGGCAUUUACUCUCAAACAAAACAGCUCCUGCAGGGCGGAUUUCAUAGUGAUAAGCCGCAGCCUCAGGCGAUUAUUCCUGCUGGAGCUUUUGCUGGAUCUAUUAUUAGUUCUAUACUCUGUCCAACGGAGCUUGUGAAGUGUAGGAUGCAAGUUCAAGGCACAGAUUCCUUGAUCUCAUAUUCCAGUAGAUACAAUAGUCCUCUUGACUGUGCCAUUAAAACAGUAAAAGCUGAGGGGCCUACAGGCAUUUUUCGGGGAGGAUACACAACCUUGCUUAGAGAAUCGUUGGGUAAUGCAUCUUUCUUUACCACUUAUGAAUAUGUUCGCUACUACAUGCACUUGCAACUGAAAGAUGCUUCCCCUCAUCAGACCCACUUGAUUGAUGUGGGAAUCGGGAUAAUGAGUGGUGGUCUUGGUGGUAUAGCAUGCUGGUGUGUUGUCCUUCCUUUUGAUGUUGCAAAAACCAUUAUACAGACUACCCCUGAUAAAAUCUCUACAAGAAAUCCAUUUCAGGUCUUAACCUCGAUUUACAGGAGAUCCGGGCUUAGAGGAUGCUACGCGGGACUGGGUCCUACUGUGGUAAGGGCAUUUCCUGCUAAUGCUGCUGCAAUUGUCACAUGGGAGCUAGCUGUGAAAAUGUUGGGGAUCAUGCGUGACUAGACCUGGGUAUUGGUUUCCUGUACUCAACACUUUGCAGGCAAUCACUGCAGGAGUUGUUCAACUGGGCCUCAUUCCAAUAAUAAUAUUAGAUCCGAAAGCUCUAUGCCAAUCUUCUGAGAUGACCAGCAUUACACUUGUCAUGUACAAACUGCACAGCCGAUAAAUACUUUUGGUAUAAGUUUCUCAAUUGUUUUCCUUCAAGCACUUUAAUUCUCUGUCAUGGAGGGAUGGAAGAAUGUUGUGCUGAUUGGUCUGGAACAGAGAAUUUCUCAAGCUUGUUGGUCUGAGUUUGGUGAGCUUAGGAAUAGACAAUCUAAUGCUGCAUGAUCAUCAUUAUCAUGUCCCUCACAGAAUUCAGUUGUACUAAUGGUUUAUCUUUGACCUUGACCUGAAAUGCUUGAUUGACUUCAUUGAUUUCCUACUGCUAGUUAUUCAAAGAGUAUUAUGAUGUUGUUACAUCAGUAAACUCAGUUGUCAAUUGUGUACAUGCUUUGACACUGGAUCAUACAUGAUCAUUUUUUUUCAUGUUA